CCCCUCUUCCCCUCCCAGCCCCCCUCCUGUGCAGUGUCGGUGGGGAAAAAACAAGCUUGGCUCUCGGAAUCAAAGGAGAGAACCGAGGGACAGCCCAUAGGAAGCUUUCUGGAGACACGGAGAGGCGGCAAGAGCCUUCAGAAAAAGGGGUACUCCCUCGCUACCAGAAAGCCCCAACCUGGAUGGAGUGAAAGAUGCGGCCUGAUGACAUAAAUCCGAGGACUGGGCUGGUGGUGGCCCUGGUCAGUGUUUUUCUGGUCUUUGGUUUCAUGUUCACUGUCUCUGGCAUGAAGGGGGAAACUCUGGGGAACAUCCCUCUGUUGGCCAUCGGGCCAGCCAUCUGCCUACCAGGCAUUGCAGCCAUUGCUCUGGCCAGGAAAACCGAAGGCUGCACCAAGUGGCCAGAGAACGAGCUACUAUGGGUCCGCAAGUUGCCCUGCUUCAGGAAGCCCAAGGACAAGGAGGUGGUGGAACUCCUGAGGACCCCAUCAGACCUGGAGUCAGGCAAGGGGAGCUCGGAUGAACUGGCUAAGAAGGCAGGCCUCAGAGGCAAGCAGCUCCCACAGGGACCAGGCGAGGUGCCUAUGGCAAGCUCCAUUACUACCCCAACUCCCACAGAGGAAGGAGAAUGCCAGAGCCUAGUCCAGAGUGGGCGGCAGGAGGAGACAUCCAGAUAUCUGGAUGGCUACUGCCCCUCGGCCAGCUCCCUCGCCUACAGUGCCUUGGAUGCUAAGUGCUCAGCCUGGGACAGAUCUGACCGCCCUGAGCCCGAGGACAGCAUCUUCUUUGUGCCCCAGGACAGUAUCAUCGUUUGCUCCUACAAGCAAAACAGUCCCUAUGAUAGAUACUGUUGCUACAUCAACCAGAGCCAAGGCAGGUGGGACCACGAGACAAUAGUCUGACCUGUUCAUACAAGGGUCCUAUGUUGACAGACACAUUGCUAUACUCAGCUCCCAAGGGAAGAGAAUCUCAGCUCCAACAGCCUUCCCACUGUUAGAAACUGGCAUGGUAUGUGAUGGGGGUGCAGAACUCUGGUGCCUGAUACUCAUGUAAAUAGGCAUGUUGGGGGCAUAUUUUAGGAAAAUUCGGAGAAUUAAGGACAGUGGGAAGAGGCAGUAAACAGGACAGAAAGUUCCAUUUGCUUCUGAACAAAUUAAACAAUAUUGAAUGCUUUGUAAAACGGCCCGAAAAGUGCUGGCCGUCAGGUGAGUCUACAGAGCCUCAGCUGCCAGGCAGCAAAUGAUGCAGGGGCUACUCACACAGAAACUGGCUGCUUUGUGUCUGAAGAACAUGAAGGAAAACUGUAUGUUUCUUUAUAUGUUUUUUUUCUUUUUUGCCUGAUGAUAGCUUUUCAUACAUGGUAAUUGCUGAAAAGACAUAAAAAUCAAGAUAGAAUAGGUAAAAUCUCCUGAUAUGGGAUGAGUUUUGGAGUGAGGGGAGUUAAAAAUUGUUGGAAUGCAUAAUUGAAUCCUGACCUCUGACAAGAUCAUGGUUUCAAAUAAAGUGUUGUUUAUGUUAUGUGAAACGUUAAUAUUUUAGGUGGCUGUGUUACUUCUUAAAGUCUUCAUUUGAGUUGAGUUGCUGGGACUUUAUCCAAAGUUUUAAAAAUAUUUAUUAACACCAGUGUAUUUCCUUACCAGGUGCAAAAUGACUUGAUGUAGUAUUUUUAUCGAUUAGGAUUUCUUUUUAUCAGUUUGUAGAACAAAUUUUACAAAGUACUUUCAACAUUUCCGGGAGGCAUGUACUAGGAAUUACUAUAUCCAUUUUAAAAUAUGAAACUACAAGUCAACCCAAUAGUCCUGAGCAUUAUGAAAAAUUUGUAUGAGAUGCGAUGGUUAAGCCUUUGGAAACGCUGUCAUUUGUACACUGUCCCACAGCACUUCCCUCCCCACCACGACCGAGAAUGCACUGAAACAAGAGUUAAUUUAUAAGAUUUAUCUGAAGCCCCUACUUCAUUAGCUUCACUGGAUCAGAGAAAUUUACAUGACAAAAAUCUCAUUAUUUCCCAUGUGGCUGAGGGAAGAAACAUUGUCUUGCUAUCCUAAAAUGUAUUUCCUAUUUGUCUUGCUUAAUUACAACAGAUAAAAGGAAUAAUCAGCUGAUGUGCCAUUUUAUCCUUCUUGUAGAAUAGUUGAAUUAUAUGUAUACAUAGUAAUGGUGAUAGAUUUACGCUUGAGAAUUAGGGUUAUUUUAUACCCAUCAGUGAAUUUUAAUUCUAAUUAUUAUAUCAAGUACUUUCAGUUACUUUCUCCCAAAAGGUGAAUGAAGGACAAAAUAAAUGGGGGCUUAUCUUUAUGUAUUUCACGUCCAACCCUGUGAUUCUUAAGUGUGGCAACUGUCCUCUCUUAAGGGUUAUGCUCUUAAAAAAAUCACAAUUCUUGAAUGAUGCUUAGGAUCAAAAGGAUGUCAUCUUUCUAGUCAGGCCUCAGUGUCAGGAAAUGAGGUGAGUGAUCUUGGACAAAGUUCAUCUUCCAGCACCUCAGUUUCCUAGUCUAUGGAAGAGGAGUGAGGACGGACUGCCUCACACACUGAACGGUUUCCAUCCCUCACUCCCAGGUGGGAUAGUCGAAAAUACUAAACCACAGGGACUGUAUGUUUAGGAAAGAAGCUACAGCAGAGUGCAUGCCCGUGUUAGACAGUGGUCAGAAUCAUGCAGCACGGGUUAAAUUGCUGCUACUCAAAAGACUUCCGUAGACUUUGAAAGCAGGUGUGUUUCCGUACUGUGUAUUAUUUAUUAGACACCUAUGCAUUCCUGGGCAUAAAACUGAAACUUAUUGAGGCUAAAAUUUAUUUUGAGAAAAAAAAUGUAAAUGUUGGCAUAGCCCAAAGGAAUCUAGCAGAAGCUUUGUGCCAUACUGACUUUAAAAACCUGGGGUGGUGAGGGAUAGUUUCCUAAAAUCACCAUUUCUGUUUUGAAAGCAAAAAAUAAUAUUUAUAUAAAGAAGACUAUUGGAAGUGCAAGAACUAAAGCUUCCCCUGGUGUGUUUGCCACUGUAAGCAAUUUUAGACGUGAGGAGAUAGAAGAGGGUUGUUUGGGCUCAGCAAGUCUUACAUGGGUCUGAGAGAAGAGGCCUGGAGUGUCGGCUAAGGUUUGGAAUUUGGAAAAGUUGCCUUUUGGAAACAGUUUGGAAUUUUUCAUAUAAUGUGUACAUGUGUACACAAAGUCUCAUUUCCAAAUCACGGGUCAAGUACUGAUUUAGAGGUGUAAGGUAUUUUUAAUCACAUUUUCAAACUGUAUUUCAGGAAAAAAAGAAAUUCUUCCAUUUACCUAUUUAAAAUACUGACGCUAUCUAAGUACACACUCUUGGGUAUAUUCUUUUGUGCUAAAAGAAUGACUUGCAAAUGUUGGGCUGAGAAAUUUAACCUUCUUUACCCAAAGAAUAAAAUGUGUAGUUGUG